AGAACUUUUUGUAAAUGAAGUUUUCGCCAUUCUCGUGAAGAACGAACUUGCGGAACUAUAAAAGCAAAGUCUAUCGUGUAUCAGAAUCAUACCACAUCAGUUUUCAAACGCUUCAAGAUCAUUCUCAACAGAAGCAAAACCAACAAUCAUGAAGUGCAUCGCAGCUGUAGUCAUGAUGGCCCUGGCCUUUGCCGCCGCUGAAGCAUCCUGGGCCCCGUUGGCUUACUCCGCUUACUCCGUCAACCCGCUAGCCUAUUCCGUUCCACAUGCCACCUACGUCCAGCAGAACCUGGGAACUCCCCUGGCUUACUCGGCCUAUGCUCCAGCCCUCAGCUAUGCCGCCCAAACGGCCGUUUAUCCAACCGCUUAUGCUGCUUACCAACCAGCCGUGGCCGUCGUUGCCCAGAAGGAAGCUCGCUAUCUGGCCGCCAACCGAGGAGCUGUUCAUGAUGCUCCCCUUCCAGGACACACCAUUUCCCAGCAAUCUCUGAACCUGGAACCAGCGGCGGGAACUCUGUAAAAUCUGAGCUGCGCCUGAUUUGAGGGAUUGGACGAUGUGUUAUCUGAUGUUGUAUGUGUUUUUGAAAUGAAUGACGAGUUUAACAGCAA